GUCGCUCACAGAACUUGAGCCGAGAUAAGAACUUGCUUUGAACAGAGGAAUUAUGAAACAAGUUUUAUAUUUUUAGAUCUCCUUAUCUACAGACUACAGUUCAGUAGUAACUUUGAACCGAACGGCCAAGCAGAAACUAGACCGUGUCCGGCAGCAUUCAACAUUUCAACCGGUCAUAAAAAGCUGCAAAGGCAGGCCACUGUGAAAGUACAAGUGUGCUUACAUAGCUGGUGUUGCAAGGGAAGUUUCAUUUUCUGCCCGUCGAUGUGCCCGGACAACCAAUUGUCAACAUGAAACAGCAACCAACCUGAUGAGCAACCAAAACAUCCAGCUCAGCUGCCUGGUUACAUAUCGCGGCACAAAAUUCUAUUUUGCCAUGCGCUUAGUCGUCGAUCGACCACAUUCCUCCGGCCUUGCCUUUGACUUUGCGCACGGACUAUCUACUUACGCAAGAAAAACAAUCGAAAACAAGUCCAAUCCUCUCGGUCUCGUCUUGCUUUCACAAUGCAACGAAAGCUAGACAUGGUUGCCCUCCCCUGCCUCCUCCCAGUGCUCCUAUCAUUUACGCCGCUGCCGCUCUUCGUCGGCGCCGCCGCGUACUCGGACUACUCGUGCAAUGGCACCACGGGCAACUUCACGUCGGGCAGCGCGUUCGGGGACAACCUGGACCGCCUUGUCGCGGCGCUUCCCACCAACGCAUCCUCCUCCCCGUCGCUCUUCGCCUCGGCGGCCAUCGGAGCCGCACCGGACACGGUCUACGGCCUUGCGCUCUGCCGCGGCGACAUCACGGACCCCAGGGUCUGCUCGGCGUGCCUCGGCGACGCGUUCCGGAGGCUGCGGCGGCUCUGCGGCGCGGACAGGGACGCCACGUUCUACCACGACCUGUGCACGGCCCGGUACUCCGGCGGGGACUUCCUAGCGCGGCCCGACGAUAACUCCCCCGUGAUCAACGCCAUGGACGUGAACGGAUCGACGUACUACGGGUGGGACGCCCGGAACGCGACGAGCCGGAGCUUGUUCCUGUCGCUGGUGGGCAUGCUGUUCGGGGAGAUGGCCAUGUACGGCGCCUACAACUCCUCUGCGACGCGCCUGUUCGCUAGCGGCGCCAUGUACGUCAACCCACAGCUGCCCACGGUGUACGGGUUUGUGCAGUGCACGCCGGACCUCUCGCGGUCGCAGUGCUGGCACUGCUUCCAGGGCGUCCAGGAGCAGAACCGGCAGUGGUACGACGGCCGCGAGGGCGGGCGCAUCCUCGGCGUCCGGUGCAGCUUCCGGUACGAGGCGUACCAGUUCUUCGACGGCACGCCGGACGUCAGGAUCGGCCUGCGGGACGGCACGUCUUCACCAACGGCUGGAAGCAACAAUGGAAGCAACCACAAAAAGGCCUUAAUUGUCGCUCUCGCCGUAUCAAUCACGGUGUUCUGUGCCAUGCUGGUUGCCUGCCUCCUGCUAACCAGAGCGCAAAGAAAAAGAGACGGGAAGACGAAGCUGCAAGUGCAAGCACACUCCCGGAACAGCUCCACGACAGAGGAAGCGCUGAAGCUGUGGCAGAUCGAGGAGAGCAGCUCGGAGUUCACGCUGUACGACUUCGCCGACCUGGCGGCUGCGACUGGUGGCUUCUCCGACGAGAACCGGCUCGGCAGAGGCGGGUUCGGACCAGUCUACAAGGGCAAGCUCGGGGACGGCGCGGAGAUCGCGGUGAAGCGGCUGGCGGCGCACUCCGGGCAGGGGCUCGUGGAGUUCAAGAACGAGAUCCAGCUGAUCGCCAAGCUGCAGCACACCAACCUGGUGCGCCUCGUCGGCUGCUGCGUCCAGGAGGAGGAGAAGCUGCUCGUCUACGAGUACAUGCCCAACCGCAGCCUUAACUGCUUCAUCUUUGACCAGCAGCGGGGUCCCUUGCUGGACUGGCAGAAACGGCUGCACAUAAUCGAAGGCAUCGCGCAGGGGCUGCUCUACCUGCACAAGCACUCCCGGGUGCGCAUCAUCCACCGGGAUUUGAAGGCCAGCAACAUCCUUCUGGACAAGGAUCUGAACCCCAAGAUCUCGGACUUCGGCAUGGCCAGGAUCUUCGGCUCCAACAUGACAGAAGCCAACACCAACAGGGUCGUCGGCACCUAUGGCUAUAUGGCUCCUGAGUACGCUUCGGAGGGCAUCUUCUCGGUUAAGUCUGACGUGUACAGCUUCGGCGUGCUGCUGCUGGAGAUCAUCAGCGGCAAGAGGAACAGCGGCCAUCGUCACCACUAUGGCGACUUCGUCAAUCUACUGGGAUACGUGUGGCAGCUGUGGAGGGAAGGAAGGGCGUUCGAGCUGGUGGACCCGACGCUGGGCGAGUGCGGCGACGUGGCGAGCAUCAUGCGGUACGUCAAGGUGGCGCUGCUGUGCGUGCAGGACAGUGCCAUGGACCGGCCGACGAUGGCGGAAGUGACGGCGAUGCUGUCCGCCAGCGACGGCGCCGCGGCGCUCCCGGACCCGGGGCGUCCGCCGCACUUCUCCCUCAGGGUCACCAGCAGCAGCGACGAUGACGGUGGGCCAGGAAUGCCGACACGGUCGCACUGCACCACGUCGUUCAGCACCAACGACCUCACGAUCACCACGAUCCAGGAGGGCAGAUGACUGAUUAGCGACGACGUCUCUUUCUCUCUCUAAAUUUGACUUCAUUAGCAACGACGUUUUGAUCCAUCAUGAUGCAUACAUGUUUUGAUGGAAUCGAUCGAGCUAUGUGAACGAUUAGACGAUUAGCUGGCGGUUGAGACGAGACGUGUCUUGCGUCCGUAGCUGUCAGACCGUGACGUGUAACAUGACAAUCUCGUACUUGUGUGUGAAUGUGAACCGCUGUACAGACAAAUGCUAGAAUUGAUUAGAGACAACUCGCAGUACUGCUCUUG